AUGAUUCAUUUGAUGCAGAGAACAUGGUUUUGGAGUAUUAAGGUGAAUGAAUUUUCAAGCUCAACGGGAAUUCAAGAGGGUUGGGUUUGGAUUUCUGGAUGUGUUGAUUUCAAUGGCCUAUGCCGUGGGAAUGAAGAAAAUCUGAAGUUGAUAUUCAGGUUUUCCCAUCCCUCGCUUCCUAAUCCUCAAAAACAAUUGGAAAGAAAUCUACAGCUUCAUUACACCUAUCUCUUUCUUGCUUCGAUUUUGGGAGCAUUUGACUGA